GACUUGAUUCUGACAGUAGCGGGAGUGUGCGUGUUGGGAACGAGGCUCCGGGCAGGGGCCGCUUCCUGGGUGCGUUAGGAGCGUCACGCAGGACAGCGUCGAAGUGGUUAAACGGGCGAUGUGACGGCGAGUUUUGAGAAGAUAAGUUUAGAGCAGAGGGCAGACGAGGACAGCCCCGUGAGGGCAAGUGUUUGCUGUGGCGCUCCUGUUAGCGAAAGAUGAACAAGAACCACCGAGUGCCGAGCGACCGGACUCUGGGCGCCGUGGAGGUGAAGAGCAAGUUUGUGGCUGAAUUCCGCCGGUUCUCCCUGGACCGGUCCAAGCCGGGCCGGUUUGAUGAGUUCUAUAGGCUCCUACAGCACAUGCACCGGAUCCCAAACGUGGACCUGCUGGUGGGCUAUGCUGACGUCCACGGUGACCUGCUGCCAAUCAACAACGAUGACAACUACCGCAAAGCCAUCUCUGUGGCUGACCCCGUGCUACGCCUCUUCCUGCAGAGGAAAGAGGAAGCCGACUACUCUGCGUUUGGUCUGGACUCUCUGACCCGUCCCAAGAAGACGGUCCUAGCGGCCAUGUUGCUACGGCCUGAUGCCAACCGGAAGAAGCCCCUUGUGAUCAUCAGCCUGCCCAGGGACUUCAGGCCCAUCUCCUCCAUCAUCGAUGUGGAUAUCCUCCCUGAGACACACCGCCGGGUUCGCCUCUACAAGCAUGGCCAGGAGAAACCACUGGGCUUCUACAUCCGAGAUGGCUCCAGUGUCCGGGUCACGCCCCAGGGCCUGGAGAAGGUUCCUGGGAUCUUCAUCUCCCGCAUGGUGCCUGGGGGCCUGGCUGAGAGCACUGGCCUGCUGGCAGUCAACGACGAGGUGCUUGAGGUCAACGGCAUCGAGGUGCAAGGCAAGUCCCUGGACCAGGUGACAGACAUGAUGAUCGCCAACAGCCACAAUCUCAUCGUGACUGUGAAGCCGGCCAACCAGCGCAACAACAUCGUACGGAGUGGCGGGGGCGGGGCAGCGUCCGGGAGCUCGGGGCACUCGUCUGACAGUGGCACCAGUUUCUACGGCUACUCCUCCCCGGGCAUUGUCGUGGCGACGACUCCGGCAGACAUCAUCCAGAACUUCCAUCCAGAGGAGCUGGAGAGUGAUGAGGAUGAUGAGGACCUGGUGAUCGAGGUGGACGGAGAGGCCAUGCCCAUCCCACGGACCUCCUCGGCCAGCUGUACCAUACCCUUCAUUCCUCGCUACAUGCCCCACCUGGACCUCCGCACCACCAACGGAGCCCUGGCCUCCCACAACCUCUCCGGCUCACUGGGCACGCUCAGCACUGCCGACAGGGGCCUGGAGGGAAGGAGCUUAGAGGAGGAAGGCACCGUCAUUACACUGUAAACACACACUGUCGUAAUUUGCACAGUAUUUACGGGAACGCAAACACAUAGUCUGACAUACACUGAAGCGUACCCUCAUGCAUAUACACAAAGAACGACAACAUCCACACAUGCGUUGCCAUAGUAUCGACACCGCCCUCCCUGUGCUGUCUGACAGACACAUUGAUUACCCGUGGUGUUUUGUGUGGAGGAGGAAACUGACUCUGCCUCUGAGAAAGGCCUCCAACUUCUCAUUGACAACCAUAAAAAGCACUUGUUUCUAUUUCGUGAGGGGGAGACUGUGUUUCUGUGGUCUUCCACUUGAGGGCAGCAAUGAGAUGCUACACUGUUGUUUUUUAAAUGUUGUGAACCAUCGGAAAGGACUGAUUCUAACGAACAAACGAAUGAAUGAAUGAAUGAUUGCAGAUAUCUUUAGGCUUUGACCCCUAGCUAUUCUGCCCUGGUUUGUUUGAUAGAGGAGACUACAUUUCACAAUCUGCUUUUGCCUUGACAAAACAACCACUCCCCUAGGAGAUUACAGCUUGUGAUUUGGGAACAAAAGUAAUGGCUUCUAUCCUACAUGUUACCAUACUAACUACCAAAGAGUAGAGGUCUGCAAUAACACUCAGAUUUUAGUCUGAGGAGAAACAAUGUAUAUGGGUCUCUCUUCAUGGACCUGGACAUUAACCACUAUUCCUGUGGUUCGUCUCCAAGCUUUUAAUGUUGAUAAUCACAAAAGAAAAAAACUAGAAGCAAUUUAUACAAAGCAACUGAAAUGACAAAAUCUCUUGAAGGGGCAACCUGUAAUUGCUACAUCCAAUUUUAGACAUUUAAAUUAAUUAUGUGUGUGUGUAUAUAUAUCUAUAUAUAGAUAGAUAGAUAUCUAUAUAUACAUGCAUACAUACAUACACACAUACAUACAUACUCAUUGAUUCUUAAAGAAUAUAACUAAUAAAAGCCUUGUGAGCUUAGUUCUAUUGUCGAACCCCAUCAGAAUCCAAAAUCUAAGCUUGUCAUACCCCUUUGUAGACUAGGUAAAUACAAACGAACACUGUAUAGCCUCAACGUGGUUAGAACUAUUAUUGUGUUGUCAUGGAUUGUCAUUCCUUGUAUCCGUAGAUCUGUCCAUGGGUUCGGGAGUGUUUUCAAUUCUAUAAACCCCAUCCUUCUGCCUUUUACCAAAAUAGUGGCGGGGAGUUAGUUUUGUUGUUCUGAACCGCAGAUUUCCGCUCUAAAUAUUUUCAUUCUAUUUCUUUUACGGUUUUAUUUAAAUCUAAAAUGGUUCACUGUAUGAUUUUUUUAUUUUUUUUUUAGUUGAAAAUAAGUAUCUCAAUUGACUGUCACGGACCAACACCUCAUCUGACAGGUGUGCUGUCCCUGCCUGGAUGAAGAUCCAACUUCUCUUUCCUCACGACCAGGGCAAUUUCCCCACUUCGUGUACGUAGUGUGACAGAAUGUGAUUGUAAAUGUGAUUCUCUGAUUUCUCAGACCAUGACGCUAAACUCAUCUCAGCAUGUUCUCUCUCUCGCUCUCUCAUCUGUCUGUCUGGUUUGGGAGGAGGUAUUUGUAACAACAGAUGGUGGCUUUCUUAGUUUUCCAACUCUGAGUUCACUUGGAUGUGGCCUGAAUCAUUCACAUUUGAAGAGUGUCCUCGCUUCAUGUACAGUAUUUAUUCACUAUUUCAUUGUAUAUUGUUUGGAGUAACCCCUCAGUCGAUCUUCAACAGAAUGUGAUACUGGUAUAGAUGACUAGCUGGACUGUGACAGAGUACUACAGAGAUGUUAUGUAACUUAGAGAUGCUAAUGACCCCAGCGAGGAUGGAUGGGACUGUUCUAGAACCCAGUCUGCAGAAAGAAGUUAGAUUAUUUUGUCUUGCACACGCUCUCAUACAUACCGACCCGGUCUCUGUGUUUGAGUAAGGUGGAGUUUGUCUAGCGCUAUGCAUUAUGACUUGUAUCAGGUGAGCACAGGUCUAUUCCCACUUGUUCCUGGUCACAUGACAUCACCUGAUGACUGUACCUACCUGUUCAGGAAGGUGAACAUCAGCAAGUUCAUUAGAAUGUCAUUAGUGUAGAGCCAACAGACUUCCCCAAAACACUAGACAGGAUAGCACUGCAGAACAUCCUCAUUCCAAUAGAAUGUAGUUUUAUUCUUUGUGUUUAGUUGCCAGUGAGCUUGUUGUGAAGUAUAAUGAGAAUUUAGACUAAGGCUGUACUCAACAUGUAAACAUUAAAUGACGCUAACAGACUCCACAGAGAGCGCACGGUGAAGGCUCCGAGCAGAUUUCGCCACAAGAUGGUGUAUCGAUGUCCAUUUCUCCUAUUGCUUUUUACAAUCCUCUCUGAUGGGGAAGCUAAAUGUACUGGGAACAGUUGCCUCCCUCACCCCCCUCUCUCCUCAGUCUGACUGCAAUGGGUCUUACCUGCAGAAAUACCUGAUGAGAAUCAUAAACACUGGAUCGCUGUAAUCAGACAUGCCAUCUACCCAAAGUAGUGUAUCAUGUGAACUCCACUAGCCCUCCCUAUCAGACAUGCCAUCUACCCAGAGUAGGGUAUCAUGUGAACUCAACUCCCCCUCUUCAUACUGUGAGGUACAGUACUACUCUAUUCUCUGUUAUGGUACAGGGUGUAGAAGAGUUGGGAUUGCUUUCUCUCUCUCUCAUUCCAAACAGUUCUGGAACAUUCAAGGCAUGAUGAGUCACAUUUUAGAAUGGAAAGAUUUUUUUUAUUUUUUAUGUAUCUGUUAAUUUAUUAUUGUUUUAACUACACAGGACAUGGGGAUCGUAACCAUCAACUAUUUAUUUUCUAAUCAUGGUUCUGUAUAUUCCUUUUCAUUGCUAAGUCAGUAAACAUUUUAAUGUGUUAUAACUGAUCCACUGUGUUAAGUCAUGGUUUAAUUUCAUUUUCUAAUCUGUUCUUUCCCUUUUUUCAAAAGUGAUUUUGUUAAAUAACUUAUUUUCUGUACAAACAGCUUCUAGGGGUGUAGAUUAUGACACUUUUCCUGUACUGUGAAUUCCUCUAUUCCUGGGAGAAACCUGUAUGUUUUAGAAAAAAACACUAAACAGGCUGGGAGAGACCUGCAUGUUUCAGAGAACUCUAACCAGGCUGGGAGAGACCUGUAUGUUUCAGAGAACUCUAACCAGGCUGGGAGAGACCUGCAUGUUUCAGAGAACUCUAACCAGGCUGGGAGAGACCUGCAUGUUUCAGAGAACUCUAACCAGGCUGGGAGAGACCUGUAUGUUUCAGAGAACUCUAACCAGGCUGGGAGAGACCUGCAUGUUUCAGAGAACUCUAACCAGGCUGGGAGAGACCUGCAUGUUUCAGAGAACUCUAACCAGGCUUUGGAAUUCGGUUUGUGUCUGUUCCUUUUUUUUUCAAGAUGAGGAGCAAUGAUUUUAGCUUGUCAGAUAAAUCAAGGUAUAGAUUUGUGCUGAAAAUUGUCAGUAUUUUCUUAUUGAUAGUAUAUGAUGUACAUUUUUAUCACAUUUUAAUGAAAAAGUAAUAAAGAAAUGUAUGAAUUUACAUGCACUUGUAUAAUUUUGGAUUCCAUGAGCUGGAAAUAUAAAACAAAUGUGGCAAACAUUGAA